AUGUGGAAGUGGCUGCCAUCGCUGGCACUCCUCCCUGGCGGCGGGAGUGCCACUCGCCUGACUCCACCCUACAUCAGCAGCCUGGGCUCUCUUCCGAUGGCCGAAACCGGUGUGGGUGAUGCCCUGCUACCAGCAACCGCUCUUGCUGUGGCCUUGGUCGCCCUUGAUGAGGUCCAACGCAACGACUUGUCGCAAGAAGAGAAGGAGGAUCGUGCGUCCGACCUUCCCCGCCCUAAACUCUCAAGAGGACAGCGAAAGAGGAAAAACGUGGAGAAAUGCGCUUGGGCACAGAUGUUGGAGGAUAAGGACCUCGAGGACAGCAACAGCAUAACCUCCAAGCAGUUUCGCCUUGACUUCCGCGUCCCCUACAGCUUCUUUCUGCGACUCGUGGCGUUGGUGAAGAGCUAGGACUGGUUCACCACUUCUGGCUGCGAUGCAGCAGGUCGUCAAAGCCACCCGCGGAGCACAAGGUACUGGCCUGGCUGACCAUACUCGGCAGGGGCAACUGCUUUGCAAGCAUCCACCACAUGUCGUGGAUGAGCGCGAAGACCGUGCAGACGAUGCUGGUCACACACACGCACGGCGAAACAACCGGCAUAAGAGGGUCGGGGGAACAGGGUGCAACAACGUCGUUACUAAUAACGUAGGGAAGGGGGGGGGGGCAUGACAAGCAUUACUGCCGCAGCCCACACGCAAAAAAAAUCACAACCGUUUACAAGAAAAAAAAACAAACAAAGAGAAGGUAUGUCGGACGGUGCAAACAACGUCUUUACAAAAAACUUGGGCACAAGGGGACAGAGGGGGAGAGGGGAGGGUAUGACAAGCAUGGCUGCCAUAGCCCGUACACCAAAAGAAAUAAUUCGCCACAAGACAAAUGAAAAUACCCAAAGGGAAGACAUGUCGAACGGUGCAACGACGUCUUUACAAAAAACGUGGGAACAAAGCGGAGGGGGGGGGCAUGACAAGCGUUACUGCCGUAGCCCGUACGCCAUAAAAACACACAACCGCUACAAGAAAAAAAAAUAACCAAAGAGAAGGCAUGUCGGACGGUGCAAACAACGUCUUUACCAAAAAACUUGGACACAAGGGGACAGUGGGGGAGAGGGCAUGACAAGCAUGGCUGCCAUAGCCCGUACACAAAACACACACACACACACUCUCUCUAAAUUCUCACGUGUUCAGCCGCGCUAGCAACGGGACAUGCCGCUCUCGCACCAACACCACCCCUCUUCCGCGCCCCGGUGAAUCCCGGGAGGGCGGACCGUGUUGCAGACCGUGUUGCGCCCAAGACGACGGGGGCAACUACCGCAGCAGAGGAAGUAGGCGUUGCCGUAGCGGGUGAUGACGACACGGGCGUAGGGCUGGAAGCUUUCCCCGCCGCGGACACGGGUGUAGCCGCCGCGGGCUAGGACGACAUGGGGGCUGGGCUGCCUCCUACCCCGGCCGUAGAUGCGAGUGUUGCCGCAGCAGGCGGAGUAGAAACGGACGUACGGAGUGCAGCUCCUGCGCCGGGUGGUGUCGCCGCGGAGAUGGGUUUGGCCAAGAAGUAGCUGUCGGGCUGCUCGUAAGCGGCCAUCAUUUCGGCUCGCAGUUCCAUCUUUUUUUUUUUCGGAUGGUUCAUACUCCAACAUCCCCUUGAGGUCUGCAAUUUUCGCCUUUUUGGCCUCUCGAGCGUCCGCCAAGCGAGCCCUGCCUGCGGCCUCUUCAUCCAAAGACUGCCUCGACACAACAGCCGCCGACAGAGCUUCCACGGCCGUCACCAGCUUGCCUGUGUUGGUCUCCUGGACGCGGCGGGCCUGCAGUUGCGCGUUGGCGGCCGCUACCGCAGCAGUCUCCUUCUUCACCUGUGCUCGGCUUUGAAUUUCGCCGGCCCCUGUGAACAUCCGGAUCGCGUUGGACGACAGAUCAACCUCGGUGUACGCACCGCUCGCCUCCGACCCGCUUUCGUCGCUGGUGCCGGGUGACCCUUUCUUCGCCUUCUGCUUCCCGCCGCGACCCUUGGCCCCGGACGCGCCGCGACCCUUGUUUUGCGUACGGUUUGGAGGUCAGGGUCCUCGCUGCUGCAUGGCCUUCCGAUCAAACAGAAGGUCAGGAGAUACUGGUGGUGUCUUUCUUGCGCUUGUACCCGAUAACUCGAAGGAGCAGUCGGUGGUGUAUCGACCGCAGCGUCUGAUAGUGGCCGCUGAGUGGUGACCAUGUCAUGCCGCCGUAUAGCAGUGCCUCCAUCGCCUCCGCCUGGAGCAGGCGGAUCUUGAGUCGGAUGGCGCUUGCGGUCUGUCGAUUAGCUCCCGGCCAUAUCGCCUGAGGCACGCCCACGCUCCUCUGCUCCUGUAGUUGAUCUCCCGGGUGAGGUCGCCAUGUUCGUUGACGAGGCCACCGAGGUACCGGAACUCGGUCGUCUGGGCGUAUUUCUGUCCCGCGGCUUCGAUGGUCAGUGGUGGAGGCGGGGC